AUGACCACCUCAUCCGAGUCCCAAAAUUUCGUCCUCAUUACCGGCUGCAGCGAAGACGGCAUCAGCUCCGCCAUGGAAUCUACGCCUGCAAAGGCUGCCGGAUCUUCGUCACUCUCGGCAACUUCUCCAAAGGCGGUCCCUCUCCGACCCCACAUCUGGCCCGAAGUUAUCCUUCUCGUCCUGACUUUCCUUGAUUCCAACAAGCUAUGCGCCGCUGAGGUGGAAAGGCGCCGCGGUGGCAAGCUGGACGUGAUGAUCAACCACGCCGACGCUGACUAG